AUGUCGGAUGAUCCAAACAUUAGAAAGUCGAACAGGAAACGUUUAGAUGUCGAUUACAAGAAGGCCAAUGAGGGACUACCCAUCGACGCAACUCCUACCAAACAGCCAAAACAAAGGAAGAAUGUCGGCGAGGCUAGCACCGCUAGUAAAAAGAAGAAGAGCACUUCAAACGAUGAUGAAUCAUUCUUCACUCCCGCUACUACUGCUAAAAAGAGAUCGGCUCGGUUACAAGGCAAGGCUGCUUCGGACGACUUUGAAACUCUCCAACCAUCACCAGAUCCAACAAAACAAGACCUACUUAACAAUAGCGAACAUCACUUCCAACAGGGCGACGAUGAUGAUGAUGUAGAUGGUAACGAUGAGAAUCUAGGACAGCCAAAAUCAAUAUAUAAUCGCGCAAAAGACUUGAUACUAUCGCCCUUCAAACUCUUUUCAGGAUCAAACAAUGCCAAUCUUGCAGACCAGAGUAUGAUGAAACUCGUCGACACCGAUGACUUUGAAGAUGAUGAAGGUGGUCUACUACCAGAAGGAGGUGAAGAAGACGAAGGUGCCUCUACUGCCAAUGACGACGGUAAUGAGGAUGAAGACCUAACUGCAACAUCAACUCCUACUGGUGGUGAAGACUGGAGUCUCGGCGGACUGUUAGGCAAAAUCACAAACCACAACCAUAAUCAUAAAACAUUCGACGAGUUUUUGGAUAAUCCAGAUGAUAAUGCUGAUGAUACUGCUAGUCGAGUGACGGACUUGGAAGAUACAGAUGGUACACAAACACCAACAGACAGCCAACAGCAGCAGGGAGAACAGAAUGGUGGUACUGCCAAAGGACUACGGCGUGUACGAUUUGCUGCAAGUGAUGAUCAACAAGAAGAUGAUGAAUCACAAGAACUUAGGGCAUCCAGACGUAUCCAGGAUGAGGAAGAGGACGAUGAACCUGAGAAGGAAGCCGAAAAGGAAGCUGAGACGAGAGCUGACAGUACUGGACAUAUAGAAACCACAACAUGGUCUGAAUGGUUUCAUGAUCAAAGGCUGGUCGUACUCCUCACCCCAAUUGUAUCAAAGGCUUGGGCUCUUGUCAAAGUAUUGAUCAUGAUACCUUGGUUUCUCCUCGACUGGGGAUUCAUAAAGCCCGCAACCUUCUUUGGUAAACCAGCACUAUCGUAUAUAUCCACCAUUAGAAUACCUCGUAUCUAUAUAAUUCUUCCACUCGCUACCAUAUUGUCUUGUUCUGCCCUUUACUAUGCCGCACCAAACAUCCUUACCAUGGUCGGGCUUCCUAGUCUAUCUAGCUACACUGGUGGUAGCUCAAAGCUAUAUACCAAUGAUGCCGCAUCGGCUGCUCUCAAUAAGAGGUUGACGGCAGUAGAACGAGCUCUAGAAGCCAAUACCCGUAAAUCAUCUAAAUUCGAAAGUGUAUUGGAUUCCGUAUCUAAAGAGGUCACUACUGUAUCGCAACAUGUAGAAUCGUUACAGAAGAAAGUCGAAGUCGAACUUGAUGGUCUAGUCAAAAAUGCUGACUGGAAUGCAUUCGCUACUCAACACAAGGACUCUAUUGCUCAACUCCAUCAGCUCGUCAAAGAUUCUGUCCGACACUCUGAGAAAAGUGUUGCAGAUAUCAAGAAGGAUGUAGAUGCCUUGUCUACUACAUUGGCGGACUUGUCUUAUGUCGUAAAUAGUGCUCCUCCUGCCAGCCGAUUGCAUGGAGUGGAAGCAUCAUUGGCUGCCAUUCAAGCUCAAUUGUCUACCAUAAAUAGUGAUUCUAAAUCUGAGUAUACCGUAGGGAUCAAGUCCGUAGAAGCAGCUUUGAAGGUCUUGUCGGACCGUUUAUCUUCUGUUGAAGCUAGUCAAAUAGAAGUACCCGAUAAACUCAAGAGUCAGGUCUUGGCAGCAAUCAACGAAUAUCUGCCGACCCUGAUGGCUGCUAAAAUAAAUCCAACUACGGGCCAAGUCGAAAUAGCUCCAGCGUUCUGGCAAGCCAUGGAAGCCAAGUUUGCCUUGAAAUCGGCAUUGGAAACAGAACGAGCUGCUGCUAGUAAGGACAUCAAUACAGCACCCUCUAUUGUAGUAGAACACGUAAUACCAUCUCUGGAAGACUUUUUGAAGGUCAACCAAGCUGAAUUGGAAGAAUUGAUUCAUGCUCGAGUAGAUGCUAAAUUACCAGGUGCCAUUGUAACGAAAUCCGAAGUCUUGAACUUGAUUGAACGAGAGCUAUCAAAUGUACGACUCAACAAUAGUGCUAGCGGUAGUAAAGCCAGCGGUCGAAUCACUUCCACACCCAUAACCUCAUCGGAUGCAAGUAAUGAUGCUGAUAUACCGAAUAUUGUCUCUUCAAUCGUCACUCGCAUGUUGUCUCAGCAUCACGCCGAUGUCAUUGGUCGUCCUGAUUAUGCACUCUUGUCUAGUGGUGCACGAGUGAUUUCAGAUUUGUCAAGUGAUGAGUAUGCUCUAUCACCUCGUACUGUACCUACAUGGGUCUUGUCAAAGCUCUUUGGAAUACAGAACUAUGUAGGCAAACCAAGGAGGAUGGCUCUCAUGCCAGAGACUCAUGCUGGUGCUUGCUUUGCCUUCAAAGGCAGUAGUGGUACUCUUGGCGUCGCCCUCGCACGAGACAUCUAUCCCACCUCCUUUUCGAUAGACCAUCUACAUCCAGAACUAGCUUUUGGUCCAGGUGCCUCGGAUUUGAAAUCAGCACCCAAAUCUGUCGAGCUGUAUGCUAUAUAUCAAACGGGAUUUACACCAUCCCAGAAGAAUCUAGCAAAAGCAAGCUCUAUAACACCAUCAUCUUUAAUAAGUAGCAACAGCAAACAAUCGCCACCAGCAGCUGUAUUGCUAUCGAAUGGAGUCUUUACACCACGAAAACCCAGUCCACAGACAUUCGGAAUCUCGCAAGAGAUGGUUGAAGCAUUGAAGGCUUCCCAAUUACGAGUGCGCCAUGUGCUUGUACGAAUAGUGGACAACUGGGGGAAUACGGAUUGGACCUGUUUGUAUAGGAUCCGUGUGCAUGGGGAAGAGUAG